AUGGCUUCUGCCGCUGGUGGUUUGACUCUGGACGAUCUCCCUCUUUCUAAAAUUCUGCCCACGCCCAAGACCAUAAAGGACCUUCAAAACAAAGUUAAUUGGAACUUCAACAAUCAGUUGUUUAACCCAUAUCAUGUCAUCCCCAUUGCUGUCCUUGUUGGCCAGACCUUAUUGCUCACUUUCUCCUGGGCAUUCUUCGCAAUGACAUUGAGCCAACCAGUCACCCUAUCUUAUUCGACGGCGACUUACGUGCAGAAGAACUACCAGACGGUAACUUUGAUCGUCACCCUUAUCGCUACCUUCCUUUCUGUGUGCUCGAUGAUUUUAUAUGCGGGCGCUAUUCGAUACGCAUUGGCCAGAACCCUCGCAGGGUCCAGCACCACGUUGUAUGUAAUUUUUGCAUCGAUACAUAUCUCCAAAGCCACUCCAAUCAAAAACCUAAUUCGUCCUCACUGGACUCUUCUCUCACUUGUAUGCGCGUUGGCUGUGAACUUUCAAACUGCGGGAUUUACUACCCUUUUACUGCCGAAACCGAUAUCCCUCCCGACAACAAUGUUGGGAACCGAGCUUGAUAUGAGCAGCCCACCCUUUCAAGCCCUUAUGGUCACUAACGCAGCAAAACUUGUUCCUGGAAAGUGUAUCCUUGCUUCACGCCGACCUUUUCUAACUUCGCUCCGCUCUUUAGAUUAUUUCGCACAUGUCCUAUCUCUGUCGGAAGCCAGUGGUACCAAUGUCGCUAGCACUCGUUUUGCUCUGCCCAGUUUCCUCAACUUCAACCAUUUUUCGUAUGCUAACGGCACCAUGGGUGUCUUACCGCAUUCACUGGAAGACGUCAACAGCAACCUGUUAUCUUCUACUGGUAAUAUCGUCCCGUCAACCGUGAGCACGAGAAAUAAGCAAGGGCAAGUCGUUCAACCAAAGCAAGCACCAGCUGGUCUCCCUGUUCAAUACACGGUUAUCCAACAAGGCUUCACAGCCGAUGUAUCCUGUAGCACGCAAGUAUUGAACGCAACCACUUCGCCCAGCGUAGUGUUGAGUUCAAUCACAAACAAAAUUUUCGACACAAACCUGACCCUGGCGCAAUUGGCAGUGGUGUGCCCCGGUGACACAGUUGUCGGCACCUCAACGCCCGUUAUAACUUCAGUCAACGUGGAUGCGGUCUAUGGGGCAGUCUGCGGGCCGUACAACAAUACACAAGGCAGGCAGCAAUGGAGUAAAUUCAAUUCCCGUAUCUGUGUCUGUGCCAUGGUGCUAAUCGUCGCGUUCAAAUUAGACCUCGUUUUGACUGGUUCGGGAAUGUAUAAGCCAUUUGGGACAGUUAUAUGCAGCGUAUUCCCCAAAAUCACCACUAUCGCCGUCGAUUACAGCGUCAACAGCAAGCUAUUCAACUCUACUUCUCCAAACUUCCUCAAUUCUUCGCACCCAGUCAUUUCGUCGAUGGACGCGCCGUGGCUUGGUGAUUUUGCAACCGGCAUUUUCUUGCAGGGCUUGUACGUCGGGCAGGGCAUUCUGGGUAAUUCGAUGGGUGAUAGUAUUUUGGCAUUCUGGCAAGCUUUGCCAGACCCAGUUCAAUUUGCGAACGAAGUGAUGGCGGAUUAUAUCAGAGGAGUGCUUGAGCUCAGCGGAACCCUUCUCCGUACCGCGUAUGCAGAAGAUGGAAAUGGGCUGUUCCCGAACGGGAGCAGCACCCCUCCAGCAAAUAUGCUGGUGACGACCAACGGAACCCACUCGGUGACGACUAUUGGGUGGCACCAGAAUCCUGCAACGUCGGCUGGAAUCCUCGUCGCGCCGACAUUCGUCUCUCUGAUGUCCAUGAUACUCAUCUUAGUCAUCUUGUUUAAAAGGCGACACCAUCCCGAGCCUCGCACGAAUCAUUAUUUCGAUCCUGGCGAUGUCCUGCACAUCAUGUCCGCGGCAACAGCCGGAGGGUUGGCGCACAAAUUGCCUUCUCUUGACGAAAAAAGUGUUAGGAAUAGUGACAAGAUGCGGAUUGCUCUAGCGCCGGUAGACGGAGAGAAUAGCAGGCCGGGAUUCGUUCUUCUUCAUGAUGAGAAUGAUAAUGGAGGUAACUCUCCAACUGAUCCUGACGGAUACACGAGUGUACCACAAACCUAG